CCCCUCCCGGUGCCCCUCGAUGCCCCCCGGUGCUCCCCAACGCCCCCCAGUGCCCCCCGCUGCCUGCCGAGCCCAUGCCGAGCCCGCAGCCCCCAGCAGAGCAGAAGCAGAAGCAGAACCCAGCUGGGGGGCACGGGGGUGAGGCGGCCGGGGACAGGCUCCUGCUGGCCCAGGGGAGCCUGCCUGACCUCGAGCGGCUGAACCGGGAGGUGGACGAGUUGCUGUUGGACAUGCUGAGCUCCUUUCUGGACACGGUGGAGUCGCUGUACAUCUCCAAGCUGCCUGGCAACAAGAGCGGUGUUUCUGGGGAGCAGAGCCUGCCCCAGAGCCCCGGCAGUGCCCCGGCCAGCAACACGCAGAGCUCGGACGUGGUGCAGGGUGAUCACAGCUCUUCCCCCCAGCAAGGCUGGCCGGCACCAGAAAGAAGCGUGAGGGGAAACACAGAAGGAGAUGCUUCCAUCAACCCUGAGCCAUGGAUGGGUCAGGAGAGCAUGGAUGUGGCAGUGCAGCCGAGCACCAGUUUCCCAGUUGCUGUUAACGUGGAUGCUGGACCCCAGCCCUUGCCCGAAGCCACCACGCAGCCUGCCUUACCAGAGGUGGUGCUGCCCGGGGAGGGGAAUCAGCUCCUGGAGAACAAAGGUGCACCACUGCAGACCGGCCAGCAACUGAGCAAAGCUGAGGAGUGGCUGCUGAAGAAAACGUGCCGGAAAAUGCGGAGCCAUCAGUUGGCCCUGGACAGCCAUCGCAAGGAUAAGAUCUACGUGGUGGGCCUGGAGAACAGGGUGGCAAUCUGCACGGCUCAGAACCACGAGCUGCAGAAGAAGGUGCAGCUCCUGCAGAAGGACAACACGUCCCUGAUGGAGCAGCUGCACAAACUGCAGGCCCUGGUGCGAGAGCUGACGGCCACGGACACCACGGCGAGGUGCCUGCACCCGGCGUGGCAGGCAGCACGAGGCAGGCAGGAGGAGGCUGUGCUGGAGAGGCUGAACACCGAGUCCGAGGGCACCUCGCUGCAGGGCAGCCUCAAUCCCUCGUGGGGCGAGGGGCAGAGCCUGCCCGUGCCCGAUCUGAGGUACGCCUUCAACACCAGCUCCUCCUCCUCUGACCCUGCUGCCGCAGCGGGCUCCGAGCUGGGUCCUCCCCAGCCGCAGGGAGCAGCUCUCCUGCAGCCACCCCUCGCCCUCGGGGGUGCUGGUGCCAUGGAGAGCCAAGAGGCAGGAGUAGGAGGAGCGCAGCACCAGCGUCUUUAUCCAGCAGCAGCAGCACACCAAGGAGAUGUGCCCCUCGCCCCCUGCUUUCUGCCGGCCGGGGUGAGGCCGGGCGCCCCGCAGAGCUGUGUUGGCAGAGGGUCUGUCAGAGCGCAGGCUUUUAAAUCAUCUCCUGGCGGCUGGUAGCUCAGAGGGGGGGUUACCAGGGAGGAAUUGUGCUGUGGAUGAUCCGUUCCUGCACCCCGGAGCUGUCACAGGAGCCUGCCCGAGGUGGGGUGGGGAGAUCUCCGAGCUGGAGUGCAGAGGGUGAAGGGGAAGGCUGGGGGGCCUCCUGGUUUGAGGGGGUUCCUGUCCGCUGGCUGGGUGCUGAGCACCCCAGCUUUGAAGGUGUGAGAAACAACAGAAGUUGUGUUUUUGCAGUAGAGAGCUAGGUUUCUGUGUUCCAAGGUGGUUGUGUAGUCAUAACGAGAAAUGUUAAGUAGGUUAAGUGGACAGUGGAAGGCCUCGGCAUUCCAAAAUAAGGUAGAAGCUUGAGAAAAACAGGAUGAGAAAAAUAGGUGUGAGAACAGUAAAAACAAAGAUCACGGGUUCUCAAAGUGUAAGAAAGGAGAAAUUAAAGGGUUGGAAAAACAAAAUAAUUUUACAGAUAUGUUAUAGAGGAGCGUUGAGUAGCUUGUGAAGCUGUAGUACUCAGUGAGAAAACACAGGAGGUGAUCGGGUGUCGGGUAAUAGGCAACAAGAGGUUAAGGUUUAUUUACUGUAAUGCGCUCCUGGUUGACAGGACGCCCACCGUUACAAUCACAAAUAAAAUAGUUUCACGGGA